AUGAAGUACAGAAAACGCACCGCAAGUGAUUUUGUCUUUAAAGAAGAACUCGGCCAUGGGUCAUAUUCUACCGUCUAUAAGGCAAUCGAUAAACAUGACCCCAAGAAACUAUACGCAAUCAAAGUAUGCUCGAAAGCGCAUAUAAUACGGGAAGCCAAGGUGAAAUAUGUGACGAUUGAAAAGAAUACAUUAAAUUUAUUGGCUAGGGGUAAUCACCCAGGAAUAGUGAAACUUCAUUAUACUUUCCAUGAUGCAGACAAUUUAUAUUUUGCCCUUGAUUUUGCAGCAGGUGGAGAAUUGCUCUCUUUAUUGCAUAAAUAUAGGACGUUUAAUGAACAAUUAUCGAGGCAUUUCACUGUUCAGUUGAUCGACACAAUAGAAUAUAUUCAUUCAAAGGGUGUGAUACAUCGUGACCUUAAACCUGAAAAUGUACUGUUGGAUAAAGAAGGGAGACUAAUGAUUACAGAUUUUGGAGCAGCCACCACAGUAGCUAAUACCGAGGUUUAUGGGGAGAAUGACGAUGAUCCCAAUUCAAUCAACGCGACUUCUUCCUUUGUUGGGACAGCAGAAUACGUUUCUCCUGAGCUACUACUUUAUAAUAAAUGUACUAGAAGUUCAGAUAUAUGGGCUCUCGGGUGUAUGAUAUAUCAAUUUUUAGAGGGAUGUCCACCAUUUAGAGGUAGUAAUGAAUUAAAGACCUUUGAAAAAAUUGUAGAAUUAGAUUAUACAUGGAAUUCAAACAAUUAUGACGACAACCCCAAGGACAACCAAACUAAUAGCAUAAAUCCACUAAUUAUUGAUACAGUACGAAAGAUCUUAGUGAUCGAUGAUAAAGAAAGGAUAACUAUCUCAGACUUGAAAGGAGAACCAUGGUUUAAUAGCAUUAAUUGGAACAAUAAAUUAGAUAUAUGGAAAGGGAUUUUCACUAUGGAUCAGUCUUUAUUGAGAGAUCAACCAAGGUUAGAUUCAUUGGAUCACCAAAAACAAAGGAUAAUUCCCAAUAGGCAGUUGCACGUAAUCGAUACGCCGAUUAAAAAUAUUACGAUAUCUAAACAAAAGAAAAAGAAGCCAAUGAAGAUCUCGACGAAUACAAGUAGCAUAGUAGAAUGGAGAAAGAAACUGGGUAUAUCUUUGAAUCAAAAUAAUGAAAAGACGCCCGUGACAGGACUGACAAAUUCCAAUAACGAACAAAAAAUAAUAUACCAUUCUCAAAAGAUGAUAAACCAACCCAACGGAAGUAUACCCUUAUCUUAUAAAAAUCCACAAAUGACACAGCCGUAUUAUUACCAAAAUUCAUAUUCAAAUGGCAUACAAAAUAAAUUGGAUAAUAAUGCCCUAUCACAACAGGUUCCACAGAUAUCUUCUACGACUCCUCCAAUUUCAAGACGUAUGGCUAAUGUAAAUAAAUCGGAGGCUGAGUUUCUACCUAACUCUCAAUUACCCAAUAACAAUAGUAGCAGGCAACCUUUACAACCACAUACCAAACCACCUCUAUCAGACACAACAUUGUCUAAUACAGAGCCUUUAUCCAACACGUAUAAUUCAAAACAACAAGAACUAGAUAUUGAAUAUGGUAGACAUAUUUUGAAACAAGAUUUCAUAUACAUUUGUGAAAUACCAUUUCUUGCUGUUGGGCCCGCUCUAAGUAUAAACAGUUACAACAAAAUUGAUAAUGACUUAAUUACAGACAUUGUUUCAAAAAAUGAAGAAUUUCUGAGAAAGUCGAACUCCAAACCGAAACUCUUAACGCUUACUGAUAAAGGUCAUCUAAUGUAUAGCGAUAAUCUUGGAGUUAACGAACAUUCGAUAGUAGAUGUGAGUGAUUCCGGAUUAUCAAUGUACGAUUUCGAGUUUGAAGAAGCCACAAGAAAGGGGUUUCUUAUCCUUGAAAAAUAUAAAGAAAAACUGUGGUUUAUUUCACUUCCACCUGCUAGUGUAGUAUCUCAAUUAUGUGCUACAAGUAUGAAUUAUAAGCGUCCUAUUUUAAACAGUGGCGAGAACUGGGUUGACUGUUUUUUUAGAUCCAGAAAUUUGUUAGAAGAUAACAACUUAUCAAACGAAAUGAAAACUUUAAAUAUUGAUGAUAAACAAAGUGAUGAAAAUGUGUAUAAUCACGCUUCAACUAGUUUUGUAACGACACCAGCACCAGUUCUUCCUGCCCUACCCGCCAUACAGACUUGUUCAAUAAAAUACGAACAAGAAAAGAAGGCACUUCCUGCCAGACAGAUGACUCCUUUAGACCAUAAACAAUCUCCAGCAUUAAGAUACAACAAAAAAAGUACUAGUUCAACUAGUUUGAAUAACGGUGGACAUAUUAGUAAUAAUAUUUACGUUAAGGAUAUAAAUACUGCAUUAUAUACCAGUGCUGCAGCUGUAGCUUCCAAAAAUGCAUUAAUGAAUCAUCUCAAUAAGGAGAACAAAGAAUCUUCCCCUAGUAUAAUAUUUGCACCUUCGUCCCGAAGACAAACACCAUCGCAGCUGAGUACUGGGAAGGAAUAUAGGUCAUAUAUUAGGCCCCAGAAACCAAACAAGCCUCCUGGAUCUGCAUUACCGACAGUAAUACACCAGCCAGAAAAGAAAUAUAGACCACCCAAAAAUAUGAUAGUUACAAGCAGUAGAUGUGAGGUUCUGAAUACAUUAAACAGUUCAAAUCAACGAGUUGGUAGUGAUCAAAGUAUAGCAAGUUCUGGUGCAUCGGCUGCUUUCAGAAGUUUGCAAAAGAAGAAGAAUGAAUCAAACAGGUAA